AUGGAACUCCUACUUGUACAAUCCCCUGACAAAAAAGAACAGAAUUCCAAGCUUGUAGCUGAAGUUAGUGAACUUAGAAAGAAGUAUACUGAGGUCAAGGCCGAGAACAUGAAGCUAAGACAGGUUAUAGAAGAGAAUACUGAACUUAAAGCAGAAGUAACGAAAUUAAGACAUGAUAUUGAGGAAAUCAAAAAGCAGACCCGACAUAGCUUAACACAAUCCAAAUCUUUAACAGAGCCUGGAACAUCUGCAACCUCUUUACCACAAGAUAUUAUCAAUGAUGAUUCAGCUGAGACCUUAGAAUUUGCAGAAAUGGUAUAUAAGAACAAUGUUAGUAAUGAAAUAAGGGAGAGAAACAGAGAAAAGAAGCUUCGAUCUCGAGAGGUACUCUCAACUUCCCAUGAUACUGUCUCUAUUAUUAUUUCUAACAGAAAAAUAGCCAAUCAAAAUCUCAGAACGCAUUUUCUGACUCUCAAAAUUUUUGUCUCACAGAGUAAGGAUGACCUUGCGUUUGAAUCGGAUCAAUCAAGUAUUUUAGAGAAAAGCUUCCUUGUCCCGAGCCCAAAUUGUCUACAAAUCAAGCACAGACACAAAGUGUCAUUUAUCCUGAACUAA